AAGAAAGAGCUGACACCACGUCGUGACUUAUAGAUUUAGAAUGAAGAGAUAAGCACAAGUGCAAAAGGGCAUAUUUUGGCAGAAAAGCAAAGUGAGAUCCAAUUGUAGGUAGGUCCAAGGUGUCACCACGUAGGACCCCUACAAUGUAUAAAUCAAACCAAAUCCGAAAACGAAACGCUCACCCAAAGAAGUUGUUUUUUGUACUGGUUUGGUGCAGUGCAUGCGGAAAAAAUGGAUCAAAAUAUGAACUCAACCAAGGAAGGUCUUAUCUCAGGGUCAGGGGCGAUUCAACACAAAGCUUACGCUCGUGUUGGAUUGCUUGGCAACCCAAGCGAUGUUUACUUCGGCAAAACCAUCUCUUUUAGCCUUGCCAAUUUCUGGGCUUCCGUUACUUUGGAGCCUUCUCCUCAUCUCAUCAUCAACCCUCACCCCAUUCAUGAUCUUGUUCAGUUUGAUUCCCUUGAUCACCUCGUUAAUCGGUUGCAAAGUGAAGGUUAUUAUGGAGGUGUGCGACUGCUUAUGUCAAUUUGUAAACUCUUUCAUAAGCAUUGCAAGGAUAAUAACAUAAAUCUCUCACCAGGGAACUUCACCCUCUCGUAUGAUACUAAUAUCCCUCGCCAGGCCGGACUUUCAGGGUCCAGUGCUAUUGUAUGCGCUGCCCUUAGCUGCCUGCUUGAUUUUUACAAGGUCCGACAUUUGAUUAAAGUAGAAGUCAGACCCAACCUCAUCCUCAGCGCAGAGAAGGAGCUCGGAAUUGUUGCCGGCCUUCAGGAUAGAGUGGCACAAGUCUAUGGUGGUCUCGUCCACAUGGACUUCAGCAAGGAAAACAUGGAUAAGUUGGGACAUGGCAUCUAUACACCCAUGGAUAUUAGUCUUCUACCGCCUCUCCAUCUCAUUUAUGCUGAGAAUCCAAGUGAUUCAGGAAAGGUACAUAGCACCAUCCGACAAAGAUGGCUCAAUGGUGAUGAGCUUGUUAUAUCUUCAAUGAAAGAAGUUGCAGAUAUAGCAGCAGAAGGUAAGAGUGCAAUACUCCAAAAGAAUUACCAAAAGCUCGCGGAACUCAUGAAUCGCAACUUCGACCUCCGAAGACGCAUGUUCGGGGAUGAAUGCUUGGGUGCUUUAAACAUAGAAAUGGUGGAGGUAGCUCGGAGGGUGGGUGCCGCUUCGAAAUUCACUGGCAGUGGAGGAGCUGUAGUUGCAUUCUGCCCCGAGGGACCACCGCAAGUGAAACGACUUGAAGAUGAAUGUAGAAAAGCUGGAUUUAGUAUUCAAGCAAUACAAGUAGUUCCUUCACGUCUAAAUGAUGUGGAUCUUAAGACAUUGUCUAAGUAGGAGAAAUUUAAAGCAUGAAAGAGCAUUUUAGGGAUUGUUUUUGUUUGGAUUGAUUGAGGUUUUUAUAGAAUUAAUGAAAGUGAUGAGUGGCUGUCCUGUCGCUAUUAAUUUCUACCCUACUGAAUUUGCUCUGCACAUUCCUGGCAACCAGAAGUAAACGGAAGACAAGGGAUCCCCUGUCUAAUUCCGUGUGUCCCCUUUACAAUAUCCAACUUAUCCCUCGUUAAUUGAGAUUAGAAUUUUAUGAAAAUUUGUUGGCCUAUAA